AUGCAACCCGUGUUUACUUCUAUGCCUCCUGCUGAAGCGAGAAUUCGGGAGAGACAAGAGUUGUCGAUUCCGCCUGUUUCAGAUCUCGUCAAACUGCCCCUAAUUCCUCCGUGUCUGUUCUCUUCUCUUGCAGAAAGUCACUAUGAUUACGCACCUCAAGACAAUCCGCAUUCAGUCAGUCGAAACACGGGUUGUGAGUAUGGCUGCUGUUUCACAGAGCAGGACCUCUUAAUCGAUGUGCUUUCGGACGAGUCAACUCCACCGACGUCGACGUCUGCCGCAGUGACCUCGAAUCAGGGCACGUCAGUUGCACUCGGACAGGAAGAAGCGAAGGAGGAGGAGGAGGAAGAGGAGGAGGAGGAGGAUUACUUCAGUUUGGCGGCACGCUGUUUGCACCAACACCUGUCGGACAGUCUCGGCGAUGCGCCGUCCUCCCACACCUCGCAUUCCCCUCGACGAUCGAGCACUUCGGCCGCCACCGCGUCUCUGCGACACACUGCCUUCCUCUCCGCCAUCACCGCAACUGUCAGUUCCCGUUCCCCCACCCCACCCCACCCCUCCCUCCCUCCCACCACCUCCUACCUUACCGCGUUUUCUGUAGUCUUUCCUCGUCUUGUUCGCUACGAAGGGAAGGAAAGAGAAACAGCUCCAAUGUGCCUAGUCUCCUCCAGCUCUGCCCGCCUCCUCAUCCCCUCUGCGCUUUUCAUCACGGUAGAUUUCGACGACUGGGGCAUCUUCCAACAUCGCCUUAUGCAACUAGAGCAUAAUACUAAUGAUACUGAUAUGUGUAAUUAUGAGUACAGGUAG